UUUGCGAUUGCUUUUCGCCGGCCAAACCCACAACCAAUGAACACCUGGAGAAUUAAAGUAAACCCACGUAUAUAUAAUCAAUUCCAUCCUGAUUGACCUCUGUUUCCUUUAGCCUCUCCCACUUCUAUCGCAAAAACCCCCAAAUUUUCUUCACUCUCUGGCUCGCUAAUUUGAUCGAGAUGAAUGAUUUGCUCAGCGAUUCGUUCGUGAGUGAUGCCAGAGAGCAUCCUCCAAGAGAUAUGGAUAUUCAGAUGAGCACUCGACUUCCACGAAGUAACUCGGACAUGGGAAUGGAAUCGUUUAACAAGCAGAUCCAAGACAUAGAGAAACAGGUGGAUAAGCUUUCAGGGUUAUUGAAAAAACUCAAGGAUUCUAACGAGGAGUCAAAAUCCGUCACAAAAGCGUCUUCUAUGAAAGCAAUUAGGAAACGGAUGGAAAAAGACGUUGAUGAAGUGGGAAAGAUCGCACGUAAUGUAAAAACGAAGAUAGAAGCAAUCAAUAAAGAGAACUUAGCAAACCGACAAAAACCCGGUUGUGGGCCCGGGACGGGGGUCGAUCGAUCUAGGACAAAUAUGACGGCUGCUUUGACGAAGAAGUUCCGAGACAUAAUGACGGAAUUUCAGACUUUGAGGCAAAAGAUCGAUGAUGAAUACCGUGAGGUCGUGGAAAGAAGGGUCAUCACAGUCACAGGAACACGACCAGAUGAAGAGACGAUCAACAACCUCAUAGAAACCGGAAAUAGCGAACAGAUUUUCCAGAACGCAAUGAAAGAAAUGGGGCGAGGACAGGUACUAAAUACGCUGGAAGAAAUUCAAGAAAGACACGAUGCCGUGAAAGAAAUUGAAAAGAAACUUCUUGACCUACAUCAGAUAUACCUCGAUAUGGCGGUUCUUGUAGAGGCUCAAGGAGACCUAUUGGACAAUAUCGAAAGCCAGGUAACGAAUGCAGUCGAUCAUGUCCAAUCAGGAACGACUGCACUCCAUACCGCAAAGAAACUACAGAAGAAGAGUCGGAAAUGUAUGUGUAUCGCGAUUAUAUUGUUAUUAGUUAUAAUAGCGAUCGUUGUAGUUUCUGUUAUUCAGCCAUGGAAAAGUGGCAAGGGAGCUUAGGGGCUGUUUAGUUGUUUUUCCAUCAAAUACGUCCGAAUUUAUAGGUUUUUUUUUUAAAUUUAUAAUUUUUAUUAUCUUUUAUUUUAUAUACUUUAUGGGGUGGAUUUCAUGUAUAUUUUUAGAUAUUUGAUUGUUUGUUAUAGUUUUUUCUUGAAUUAUAUGUGAUGUAAAAUAUUAUAUUAUGAGGAUUAAUCUU